UUUUUUUGGAAAUGGGAUCAACUCCCACGAGGUCAACAUUAGAGGUGAAGUCAAUAGACUCUAAGUUCAACUCCAAAUAUUUGGGGUUGACCUCCAGUGUCAGUUGACCAUUAUGGUUUAGAAUAGACCCUUCAAAAUUAAUUUAAAAAAAUACCAAAGAGUGGGAGCGUGGAACUGUUUUCCUUGCUGAUUUUUUAUUUUCUUCUUCAGGUUCCUUUAUUCUAACAACAGAAGAGCCUCUUGCAGCUGACAAUCUUUUAUCUUUUUGUUCUUCUUUGGUUAAUUGUUCAACUGUUGAUCUUCUUGGUUUUUCUUCUUGUUUACUUUUAUGGCUUGUUUCUGUUUAGAGGUUUGUUUAAAUUUAAUUAUAAUUUUUUUACAAAUUUUACCCUUUUCUGUUGGUUUUAGUACCCCUUUUUUGACCGGAGAAACACUUCUCGAACCUUCCAAUUUUUUCUCUUCCUUUUUUGGUUGUUCGGAAGUUCCAGCAGGCUUUCUUGGGGGUGGGGUAGGUGCAGCUUUCUUUGGAACUUCCGUUUUUGUCCCAAUUUUGGUUGCCGAUUCUCCUGGUUUUGGUUUUUCUGGUGUGCUUGUAGUGGAUUUUUUGGUUGUUAAUGGUGUUGGGGGUUUAGUGGUUGUUGUUGCUUUUGCUUCUUCUUUCUGUUUUGUUUCCUCUUUUUGUUUCUGCCCUGUGACUGGUUUUGGUGGAGGUAUUGGGGUCUUCUUGGAGGAUUCUUUAUCUUCAUUUUUGGUCAUUUUUACAUUUUCUUCCCCCUUUUUGGCUUCAGUUUUUGCAUUUUUAGUCAAAUCUUCUCCUUUCUUUUUCGUUUCUUCCACCUUCUUCUUAUCUUCAACCUUUUUUGUCUCUGCAGUUUUCUUCCCAUCUUUCUUCACCUCUUCCUUUUUGGGUUCACUUUUUGAUUUUUUGGUCAAAUCUUCCAGUUUCUUCUUCUCUUCAGUCUUCUUCUCUUCAGUCUUCUUUUCUUCCGCUUUCUUUGUUUCUUCCGUUCUCUUCCUCUCUUCUGCUUUUCUCUUCUCCUCUGUUUUCUUCUUCUCUUCAGCCCUUUUCUUCUCUUCCGCCUUCUUCUUCUCGUCUUCUUUUUUCUUCUCUUCCAAUUGUUUUUUCUCUUCCGUUUUCUUCCUCUCUUCAACCUUUUUCUUCUCCUCCGCUUUCUUCCUCUCGUCUUCUUUUUUCUUCUCUUCGGCCUUUUUCUUCUCUUCCAAUUGUUUUUUCUCUUCCGCCUUCUUCCUCUCUUCUUCCUUUUUCUUUUUUUCUUCCUCUUCCCUUUUCUUCACUUCUUUAUCUUCCUUCCCUUCCAUUUUUGCCUUUUUUUCAUCCUUAACUUCAUCCUCUUCCCAUUCUUCCCCACUAUCCGUCACAUAUUCAUAUGUCCAUUCCUCAUCUUCAUCAUAUUCUUCAUCAUCUUCUUCCGUUUGUAGUACAUUAGGCAUUGAAAGUCUCUGCAUUUGUUUCAAUCAAAAAUAAAUAUUUUUUAGUCAAACUUGAUCUUUAAAAAAAUAAAAAGAAGGAAAACCACACUUUUUUAGUUCAAAUAUUUUUUAGGUACAAUGAAGAAUGAUUUUUUCUCGUCUUUUAAAUUGUUCUCUUAUUUUUACACUUUAUAAAAAAUAUUUUUUUUUAAUUGACAGCCGCUCUUCUUGAUUAAGAGUUUAUAUCCAAAAAUCCAUGUUUUUUUUUUCUUUCUCGUAACGUUUUUAUUUUGAUCACAUGCUUGAUUGAUCCUUUUAUCUCUUUUUUAGUAUAGUUUUUGAGGGAACAACAAAAAAGGGAGAGAUAUUUUUAAUGCCCUUUGAAUUUUUAUAAGGCCUUUUUGAGGGAUUUUCUCAAAUUUAUUUUUUUUAUUCCAAAUUAAAUUUAGAAGAAGCACAAUCUUCAGCAUUUGGUUCAGGAUGUAUCCAAGGGAGACGUUAAUUUAUCAUUGAGAAGGAAAAGUGGAUGAGCUCGGAAAAAAUCGAGAUUAGCGGUGGCCGAUGCUGAGGAGAAUAAGGAUGAUGAUUUCAAGAAUUCAACGAUCUGCGGUAUUUGGCAUAAUGCA